AUGAUUGAGAAUACUAAAUCAAAUGCUCCUGUAAUACUCAAUCGUCUUGUCAUAUUACUUCGAAUUACGAAUCAUGGAGAUACCAUUGUGUCAACUUAUGGAACCAAUUUUCAGUAUAUGGAUCCUUCGUAUGAAAAUCAGUCAUAUUCAAUAGCGCACACUGAAUCGGUAACUUAUGAUCAGAAUUGUUCAUGUGGUUUGAACUUCACUUGCUUAACUGAAGCUUCUUUUAACAAGACAAAUUCAACAGAAUCGAAAAUAAUCACAGGUCUAAAAAUGGGAUGUAUUCCGAGUGAAUCAUUUCUUGCAUCAACUUUAGAAUGUUUCUAUGAUUUAUCAUGUAUUAAUCUCAUACACGAGAUGACAAAUACCACAGACAUCGAUGUGCCUAUUCCUCUGAAUGUAACCAAUAGUAGAUUUCCAAAUAAUUCGACUGUGAACGAUCUUAUCAAUGAACUAUUUGUUGAAAGAUGGACAACAAUGAUGAAUUAUUCAUUAUAUUUUGAUCAAUGCGCACCGAAGAUCUGUUCGUAUUCAUAUACACAACAACUCAAUUCAAUCUAUACAGUAAAUUAUAUCCUCGGUCUCUUCGGUGGCUUAACAAUCGUUUUCAAAUGGAUUUGUCCAAAGAUAAUUUCUCUUCUAAAUAAACUCUUUCGGUCUCAAAAGAAACGUACAAAUCAAAUUCAAACGACAGUUUUCGUGAUCGAUGUUAAACCAAUGAAUUCAAUAAACAAUCACAAUGUUACUGUUGAUCUUCAAUCAUUACCAACAAUUUCAACACAUUCACGAAAUUCUUUUCCAACAACAUGUAGUUAUGUGAUCUAUUAUUCAAUAUUGUUUAUACUUGUGAUAUCACUCAUCCUCGUUCCACUUAUUUAUACGCGAUUACAAAGAAAAACCUCUCGUUCAUAA